CUCCGCGCACCGCCCCGCGCUUCGGAGCGCAGCUGGGAGCGCGGCACCGCGCAUCGCACCGCGCAUCCUACCGCGGCACCGGGCACUGCACCGCGGCCAGCCGGCACCGCUCCGCACCGCUCCGCACCGCUCCGCGCCUGGCCGCGCACCAUGGCUCUGCUGCUGCAGCUCCGCACCGUCUCCGGCCUCCGCGGCAAAGCCGACCGCAUCGCCAAAGCGGCUUUCCGAGGGCUCUCCUUCUACACCCGAGUGCUUGAAAACUGCGAGGACGAGGCCAGGUUUGAUGAGACCUUCCGCUGGCCAGUGGCAAGCAAUAUUGAUGGGAAUGAGAUCCUGGAGAUCCAGGUGUUCAACUACAGCAAAGUCUUCACCAACAGGCUUAUUGGCACUUUCCGGAUGGUCCUGCAAAAGGUGGUGGAGGAAGGGCAGGUAGAGGUGACGGACACGCUCAUAGACGACAAUAAUUCAGCCAUUCAGACCAGCAUCUCCAUAGAGAUCAGGUACCAGGCUCUGGACGGGACAGUGGGUGCGUGGAAUGACAAGGAGUUCUUGGAGACCCCCAGCGUGCACUCAGAAGGGGAUGGCAGGUACCCCUUAGAGACAGACAGCCUCCUCUCUGGCCACCGGCAGGGCUCAGACGUCUCUCCAGGCAAAUCCAACCAGCAGUCCGCAGAGAGGAGCUUCAGAAGGAUGGAAGAGGACGAGAUGUAUUACCACAGUGAAGAUGAACUUCUGGGAGAGGGGGACACCCUUAGCCAGGGAUCCCUCAACACGAGGCAUUGCCCCUGGAUUCCCAUUUCUUGGCUGCAGGAGAGCUGGUGGGGAGAAACGAUGGAGCAGCUGGAAAAGCAUCCUUGGAAAGGAUGCUCCAGAGGUGUGCUGGGAUCCAGGGUGGAGAAAGGGCCUUGGGUGGCUUUUCUUGCAGUGCAGUGCUGUAAGUUGUUGCCCACCGUGUGCCAGGAAGAGUUUGGAAGGAGCUGCAGCAAAGAGAAGUUCAGCGAAGACCCUGAAGAUCCCAGAGCUAAGGCUAAGGGGAAAGAGAAAAGACAUCUCAUGUUACCAUUCAGCAAAGGCAAAGAGAAGACGAAGGAGCACAAAGCUGGGAAAGGAGUUUUUUCAGCCAUGAAGCUUGGCAAGACGCGCCCUCCAAAGGAUGACCAUCGGAAACAAGAUGAACCUGCUGUUUUGGAGGCAGAAGACCUGGACCGAAAAGCCAUGAGACAGGGAGGCAGACUGGAGCCAGACACCAUCUCCUUGGCCUCCGUCACAGCUGUCACCACCAAUGUCUCGAACAAGAGGUCCAAGCCUGACAUCAAAAUGGAGCCGAGUGCUGGGAGGCCAAUGGAUUACCAGGUCAGCAUCACCAUCAUCGAGGCCCGGCAGCUUGUUGGGCUCAACAUGGACCCCGUGGUCUGCGUGGAGGUUGGAGAUGAAAAGAAAUACACAUCCAUGAAGGAAUCGACCAAUUGCCCUUACUACAAUGAGUACUUCGUCUUUGAUUUCCACGUCCCCCCAGAUGUCAUGUUCGACAAGAUCAUCAAGUUGUCCGUGAUCCACUCAAAAAACCUCUUGCGCAGUGGGACUUUGGUAGGGUCCUUCAAGAUGGACGUUGGAACUGUUUAUACCCAACCUGAGCACCAGUUCUACCACAAAUGGGCCAUCCUUUCUGACCCUGAGGAUCUCACCGCUGGGCUGAAAGGUUACCUGAAGUGUGACAUCGCCGUGGUAGGGAAAGGGGACAACAUCAAGACACCCCACAAAGCCAACGAGACAGAAGAGGACGAUAUUGAAGGGAACCUCCUCCUCCCAGACGGGGUCCCUCCGGAGAGGCAGUGGGCUCGUUUCUACAUCAAGAUCUAUCGAGCAGAGGGACUGCCCCGUAUGAACACCAGCAUCAUGGCCAAUGUGAAGAAGGCUCUCAUUGGGGAGAACAAGGACUUGGUAGACCCCUAUGUGCAGGUGGUCUUUGCAGGGCAGAAGGGGAAGACAUCCAUACAAAAAAGCAGCUAUGAGCCUCUCUGGAAUGAGCAAAUAGUCUUCACAGAAAUGUUCCCCCCAUUGUGCAAGCGGAUAAAGAUCCAGAUCCGAGACUCAGACAAAGUCAAUGAUGUGGCCAUCGGUACCCAUUUCAUUGAUUUGCGGAAGAUCUCUAACGAAGGAGACAAAGGCUUUCUGCCCACCUUUGGCCCCGCGUGGGUGAACAUGUACGGCUCCACUCGGAACUACACCCUGAUGGACGAGCACCAAGAGUUGAACGAGGGUCUGGGUGAAGGCGUCUCCUUCCGGGCCAGGCUUUUGAUGAGCCUUGCAGUGGAGAUCUUGGACACCAGCAACCCAGAGAUCAACAGCUCCACCGAGGUGCAAGUCGAGCAGGCCACAUCGAUUGCUGACAACUGCACUGGGAAGAUGGAGGAGUUCUUUCUCUUUGGAGCCUUCCUGGAAGCUACCAUGAUCGACAGGAAGAUUGGUGACAAACCCAUCAACUUCGAAGUCACAAUAGGUAACUACGGGAACCAGAUUGAUGGCAUGGCCAAACCCAUCCUACGGAGGAAGAAAGAGGGAGGGGAUGGUGAUGAGGAGGAGUCCGAGCUGCUCCAGAACUCAAGUGAGGAUGAAGGUGAUGAGGAUGGAGAGCUGGUCUCUGUUUCUUCAACUCAACCCGUGAAGCCCCUGGUCACAGACAGGAACUACUUCCACCUGCCAUACUUUGAGAAGAAGCCUUGCAUCUAUAUCAAGAGCUGGUGGCAGGACCAGCGCCGCAGAUUGUAUAAUGCCAACAUCAUGGACAAGAUUGCGGACAAGCUGGAGGAAGGGCUCAACGACGUGCAGGAAAUGAUCAAGACGGAGAAGCCGCACCCGGAGCGCCGGCUCCGAGGGGUCCUGGAGGAGCUGAGCAGUGGGUGCUUGCGCUUCGUGACGUUGGCUGACAAAGACCAGCACCACUCUUCCCGCACGAGGCUGGACCGGGAGAGACUCAAGUCCUGCAUGCGGGAGCUGGAGAACAUGGGGCAGCAAGCCACGACUCUGCGGUCACAGGUGAAGAAGAACACUGUGAAAGACAAGAUGAAGCUGGUGCAAAACUUCCUGCAGAAACUCCGGUUCUUGGCAGACGAGCCCCAGCACACUAUUCCUGACAUCUUCAUCUGGAUGAUGAGCAACAACAAGCGCAUUGCCUACGCCCGCGUCCCUUCCAAGGAUAUCCUCUACUCCAUUGUGGAUGAGGAGAUGGGCAAGGACUGCGCCAAAGUGAAGACCAUCUUCCUCAAGCUGCCUGGGAAGAGAGGUUUUGGACCUGCUGGCUGGACAGUUCAGGCCAAGAUGGAGAUGUACUUGUGGCUGGGUCUCAACAAACAGCGCAAAGACUUCUUGAGUGGCCUGCCCUGCGGCUUUGAGGAGAAGAAGACCACCAGAGGCCAAAACCUGCCAUCCUUCCCACCCAUCAGCCUCCUUUACACCAAGAAGCAGGUUUUCCAGCUGCGAGCCCACAUGUACCAAGCGAGGAGUUUAUUUGCAGCUGACAGCAGUGGCCUUUCAGACCCCUUUGCACGAGUCUUCUUCAUCUCCCAGAGCCAAUGCACCGAGGUUCUCAAUGAGACCCUUUGCCCAACCUGGGACCAGCUGCUGGUCUUUGACAAUGUGGAGCUGUAUGGAGAAGCCCAUGAGAUGCGGGAUGACCCUCCCAUAAUUGUCAUUGAGAUCUAUGACCAGGACACAGUGGGCAAAGCUGACUUCAUGGGCCGCACCUUUGCCAAACCGGUGGUGAAGAUGUCGGAUGAGCACUACUGCCCGCCGCGCUUCCCCCCGCAGCUGGAGUACUACCAGAUCUACCGGGGCAACUCCACCGCAGGUGACCUGCUGGCUGCCUUCGAGCUGCUCCAGAUUGGCCCUGGGGGCAAGUCAGACCUGCCCCCAAUCGAUGGACCCACAGACAUGGACCGGGGCCCCAUCCUGCCAGUGCCACUGGGGAUUCGGCCAGUGCUGAGUAAAUACAGAGUGGAGAUCUUGUUCUGGGGGCUCAGGGAUCUGAAGAGAGUGAACCUGGCCCAGGUGGACCGGCCCCGUGUGGACAUUGAGUGUGCUGGGAAGGGGGUCCAGUCAGCCCUAAUCCAGAACUACAAGAAAAACCCCAACUUCAGCACUUUGGUCAAGUGGUUUGAAGUGACCCUCCCAGAGAACGAGCUUCUCCAUCCACCCCUCAACAUCCGGGUGGUGGACUGCCGGGCUUUUGGGCGUUACACCCUGGUGGGGUCCCACGCUGUCAGCUCCCUCCGAAAGUUCAUCUACCGCCCACCAGAUAAGAAAGCCCAGCACUGGAAUAUGACAGGGGAGAUCGUUGUCAAUAUGGAACCUGAGGUUCCCAUCAAGAAGAUGGAGACGAUGGUGAAGCUGGAAGCUAACUCCGAUGCAGUGGUGAAGGUGGACGUGUCUGAGGAAGAGAAGGAGAAAAAGAAAAAGAAGAAGAAAGGAGGAGGAGGAGAGGAAGUAGAAGAGGAGGAGCCGGACGAGAGCAUGCUGGACUGGUGGUCCAAGUAUUUUGCUUCAAUUGAGACUAUGAAGGAGCAACUCCGGCAGCAAGAAGCGGCCGCAGCAGAAGCGGAGGAGAAGGAAGAAAUGGAGAUUGCAGAAGGCUCCAAGGGUCAGGCAAAGAACAAGGAGAAGUCCAAGGCACCCAAAGACGAUAAGAAGAAGAAGCAACAGUCAGCCCCCGAGCUUCCGGAGAAGAAGAACAAGCAGAAGAUUGACGAACUGAAGGUCUUCAACAAGGAGCUGGAAGCAGAGUUUGAUAACUUUGAGGACUGGCUGCACACCUUCAACCUGCUCCGUGGGAAGAUUGGGGACAACGAUGACAAUGCAACAGAAGAAGAGCGGAUAGUGGGAAGGUUCAAAGGCUCCAUGUGUGUCUACAAAGUGCCGCUCCCUGAUGAUAUCACCAAGGAGGCAGGAUACGACCCCAACUUCGGCAUGUUCCAGGGGAUCCCCAGCAACGACCCCAUCAAUGUGCUGGUCCGAGUCUAUAUUGUGCGGGCCACAGACCUUCACCCAGCUGACAUCAAUGGGAAAGCCGACCCCUAUAUUGCCAUCAAGCUGGGGAAGACAGACAUCAAAGACAAGGAGAACUACAUCUCCAAGCAGUUGAACCCUGUCUUUGGAAAAUCCUUUGACAUCGAGGCCACCUUCCCCAUGGAGUCCAUGCUGACAGUGGCGGUGUACGACUGGGACUUGGUGGGGACUGACGACCUCAUUGGAGAGACCAAGAUUGAUCUGGAGAACCGCUACUACAGCAAGCACCGAGCUACUUGUGGGGUGUCACAGACUUACUCCAUACAUGGUUAUAACACCUGGCGCGACCCCAUGAAGCCUUCCCAAAUCCUGUCCAAGCUGUGCAAAGAGGGCAAGGUGGAUGGGCCGCACUUUGGGCCAGGAGGAAGAGUGAAAGUUGCCAACAGGGUCUUCACCGGCCCCACGGAGAUUGAGGAUGAAAAUGGUCAGAAGAAGCAGACAGAUGAACACCUGGCCCUGACCGUGCUGCGCCACUGGGAGGACAUCCCACGGGCGGGCUGCAAGCUGGUUCCCGAGCACGUGGAGACGCGUCCGCUGCUGAACCCUGACAAGCCGGGCAUCGAGCAGGGUCGCCUGGAGAUGUGGGUGGACAUGUUCCCCAUGGACAUGCCAGCGCCUGGCCCUGCCACUGAUAUUUCCCCCAGGAAACCGAAGAAAUAUGAGCUUAGAGUGAUAGUGUGGAACACAGACGAGGUCAUCCUGGAGGACGAUGACUACUUCACUGGCGAGAAAUCCAGUGACAUUUUUGUCAGGGGGUGGCUGAAGGGUCAGCAGGAGGACAAGCAAGACACGGACGUCCAUUACCACUCGCUCACUGGUGAAGGCAACUUCAACUGGCGCUACAUCUUCCCCUUUGACUACCUGAUGGCGGAGGAGAAGAUCGUCAUCUCCAAGAAGGAGUCGAUGUUCUCCUGGGAUGAGACCGAGUACAAGAUCCCAGCUCGCCUCACCCUGCAGGUCUGGGAUGCUGACCACUUCUCUGCCGAUGAUUUCCUCGGGGCCAUCGAGCUGGACCUGAACCGCUUCCCCCGGGGAGCCAAGACAUCGAAACAGUGCAGCCUGGAGAUGGUGACGAACGAGGCAGAGCUGCCCAUGGUCUCCAUCUUCAAGCAGAAGCGGGUGAAGGGCUGGUGGCCAUUCGUGGCCAGAGAUGAGAAUGAUGAGCUGGAGGUCACCGGGAAAGUCGAGGCUGAACUGCACCUUCUGACAGCAGAGGAGGCAGAGAAAUCCCCCGCCGGGCUGGCUCGCAAUGAGCCUGAUCCACUGGAGAAACCCAACCGCCCGGACACGUCCUUCAUCUGGUUCUUGAACCCGCUCAAGUCCAUCAAAUACCUCAUCUGCACGCGCUACAAGUGGCUUAUCAUCAAAAUCGUGCUGGCCCUGUUGCUCCUCAUCAUGAUCGCCCUCUUCCUCUACAGCAUGCCAGGCUACAUGGUCAAGAAGCUGCUGGGAGCAUGAAGCAUGGGACCCUCCCCCAUGUCCCCAGCCCCGUGGCACAACCAUCCCCGGCCCCAUGCCCUUCUCCUCCCCGCAGCCUCUCAGCAGCUUCUGGGGACAUCUCUUCUUUUGCAUUCCUCCUCUGUGGGUCCCCUUCGUGGCUUUAGUCCCAGAGAAAUGGGGCUGGAGGAUGGCGUCGAUCCCGAGGCUGUGCAUCCCUCACCGGGGCACCCAGGCUGGGAGUCUCAGAGCCCUCCCAGGGAGCUCAGCCCCCGGCCCCAGGGGAAAGGGAGGGAGAGCUGGGGCCGGGGCCAUGGGAGCGCUCCCGAAAGGAAAGGCUCGUUGGAGGGACUUCAGGAACAAGGGUGAAGCAGGGACCUGGGACAGCUGGAGACACGCCAGCCCCACCAGCGUGGGGACGGCACCGAGCGGCCCCAACACCCGUCCCCGCUGCCAGCACUGUCCCUGCUCCACUCCUAGCUCUGGAGCUCACUGCAUCCCGGUGCAGGGACCCAUCCCACACGGGGGAACACCAGGCAUUGUGCCCCAGCAGCCGCCAAGGCCCGGCAGAGAGCCCUGGGGCUGUGCAAGGGGACGCCCUGCCCUUCCCUCCCCACAGCUCUGGCAGAGGCAGGGAAGUGUCCAGCAGCUCAAGCAUCUUCCUAAGGUUACCAACCCAGAGGUGGUGGUGGUGGCCGGACAUCCCUGGGGGCUCACAGGGAGCCAGGUUUUCUCACACAGCAUGAGCUCCCUGUGGCCUUAUUGAUUCUCGAUUUAUUUUGUGUGGAUUGGUAUAUACUGCGGCUGAAGACUUUCUUGCCAUGUAUAUUAGAGAAGGGCUCUUUUCACAGCUCACUGCAAAAUUCAGCUGUUGAAAAGCCACCUUUCUCAGCUUCAAGUGUGCAAGACCCUCACUGAAUAAUUGAAGAGAUCUCGGGGAUGUUUUUAGGACGCUACUGUUUUAAUCCGUCAAUAAAGGUUGGGUUUCCCUGA